UGCAUAAAGGGUGUCUGGCUGCAAGCUUAGGUUCUGCAGCUGCUGAAAAGCAGCCAUCACAGCCCAUCCGCUCACAUCUGCUCAGUGGGGCGACAAGGACUCGCACUGAGGCAGCCAGGACAAGAGCAGUUCACUAUAGCCUCCUGGCUAAAAGAAGAGACGGAGCACCACGUCAACCCAACUGCACUGGAGCCACCACGAGACCAAGAUUUAACAGAGAACCAUGGGAGACUGGAGUUUCUUAGGUAAUAUUUUAGAGGAAGUGAACGAACACUCGACUGUGAUUGGCCGCGUUUGGCUCACGGUGCUCUUCAUCUUCCGUAUUCUGAUUCUGGGCACGGCGGCGGAGUUCGUCUGGGGCGACGAACAGUCCGAUUACGUGUGUAACACCGAGCAGCCUGGUUGUGAGAAUGUUUGUUACGAUGAAGCUUUCCCUAUCUCUCACAUCCGGCUUUGGGUUCUGCAGAUCAUCUUCGUUUCCACACCUUCGCUGGUCUACGUCGGCCAUGCUGUCCAUCACAUGCACAUGGAGGAAAAGCGCAAAGAGCGGGAGGAAGCAGAGCUGAGCCGGCAGCAGGAAAUGAACGAGGAACGGCUUCUUCCUGUAGCAGCAGAUCAGGGAAGCGUUCGCACCACCAAGGAGACGAGCACUAAAGGGAACAAGAAGUUUCGCCUGGAGGGUACUCUACUGCGCACCUACGUCUGCCAUAUCAUCUUUAAGACCCUGUUUGAGGUGGGCUUCGUGGUUGGACAGUAUUUUCUUUAUGGCUUUCGCAUCCUUCCCCUGUACAAGUGCAGUCGCUGGCCCUGUCCAAACACAGUGGACUGCUUUGUUUCACGUCCCACCGAGAAGACCGUCUUCAUCAUCUUCAUGUUGGCAGUCGCCUGCGUCUCACUCUUCCUCAACUUUGUGGAAAUUAUCCAUCUGGGAUUGAAGAAGGUUCGCUUCAUGUUCCGCCAGCCGGCUCCAGCUCAGAUCGAGAGCCUGGGUCCUCCUGAGAGAUCCCUGCCUUUCCUCUUUACUCCUCCCAUCCAGAAAGCUAAAGGCUACAGACCUCUUGAAGAAGACUUUAAAGAAGAAGAGGUUGCACACAUCUACCCACUGGCCGAGGUGGUCAUGGAAGUAGGUCCUCCACCACCUGCAGCUUUGCAGGAAGUGGAAGAGAAGCGCAUGCAAGAAACAGCAGUGCCUACAGCCCCGGCAUUGGAGGAGACAGUAAUCUGCGACAAGACAGUAAACUAUGAUGAGACAAUCCCAUCCUUUACACAGGUCACAGACAUGCUACUUGAGAUACCGCAAGAAGAAGAAGAAGAGGAUAUGUGUAGAAAAGGAGAUGAGGUAGAUUCAAAUAGUGUUAAGAUUGCGAUUCCAGUGGAAGAGCAUUCUGAAAAAGGUACUGUGGAGGAACCAUUAAGAAUAGAUGAUGUUAAAAAGGAGGAACAAAGUGAACAAAAUCUAAAUCUAGAAGACAUCUCAAGCCAAGAGACGGAUGUGAUGGAUGAAAAGAUAGACAUAGACGUAGAGAUAGAGAGUGCAUCUCAACAGAUUCAGCCUGUUGAGCAGCAAAAGGCUGAGGAAGAGGUGAAAGAGGUAAAGGAGGUUGUAGAAGCUGCAUUGGAAAAGCCAAAGAUAGAGAUUGAACCAGAGAUAGAGAUUGAACCAUAUACAGAGAUUGAACCAGAGACAGAGAUUGAACCAUAUACAGAGAUUGAACCAGAGAUAGAGAUUGAACCAGAGAUAGAGAUUGAACCAUAUACAGAGAUUGAACCAGAGACAGAGAUUGAACCAGAGACAGAGAUUGAACCAAAGACAGAGAUUGAGGAACUUGUUGAGGUACAAGUUUGUACAUUAGACACUGCAGAGUCAAUGAAAGGUGGGAGCUUACCUGAUGUUGUAGACGUGGGGACGGAAGUAGACUUAUUGGAAAGAGAGAACAUUGUAGGACCAGUGGAGGAACCUUUAGAUGAGGUCAAAUCUCUUGGUGGCGAUCGGAAUGAAGUUGAAAAGAUCAAGGAUUCAGACAGAAUGGAAAGUAUUGAAGAUGCACCCACUUCUUCUACUUUUGAAGAGGUAAUAGCAGUAAAAGAAUUAGAAAAUUCACCCAAAACAGAGUCUAUAGAUAAUGUUACUAUUGAUAUUGAGAAAGUGGACGUUUUAGCUGAUGUUGUGGACGAUGUUGUGGGAAAGGUGCAUGCUUUUAGUGAAAUGAGCAAUCCAGAGGAGAUCAAAAGCUCUACAAGUAUAGAUAGUCUGGGGAAGACUGAAUGCCCUGAAAUAGUUGAGAGUCCUGAAAAAGUUGAAAGUCCAGAACUGGAGGUUAAUCUGCAGGAACUGGAAGUUCUGGAACAGGUGGUUGCGGUUCCUAUUGUAGCACUUGAAUUGGCGACAACAGAGACGCUGGAGGACACGAGACCCUUGAGUCGCAUUAGCAAAGGAAGCAGCAGAGCCAGGUCAGACGAUCUAACCAUAUAAAUGAUUAACUUUUAAAGAAAGAAAGUAUAGAAAAAUAUUAUUUUCUGUGCUAAUUUAUGGGAAGUACUAAUACAGUAUGUAUUUUUUCAAGCAAAAUCAUUGUUUUGUUGAUAGUCCUUAAAAAUAUAAGGGCAAAUUAGUAUAGUAACAUAGUUAGAUUAAUUCCUAGUUAAAAUAAAGUACAAUUUUUCCCAUUUAAAUUAGGUUAUUAAAGAUAAUAUGGGAGUUUGAAUUAAAAGCACUAGCUGUCUUUUUAAGGGACGUGUCGUUCACUGUAAACAGCUUUCUAACCAAACUGUUUUGUCAGGGCUAGUCCAAGUUUCAAAACUAUUAUGUCUUUUUUUUUACUUCAAUCCAUUACACAGUGCAAGCUGUCAUCUUUAAUUUGUUUGUCCAUAAUGGUAAUGAUAAUGAUGUUAAUUUAUUAUAAUAUAUAUUAUAUAUUUAUUUUAUACAUAUUCAUAACAUUUAAAAUGACUGAACUGUGCAAAAUUCUAACAUUAUUCUGAGUAACAUGUCUGUUGAUUAAAAAUACUGUUAAAUAAAAACUCCAAAUAAAUCCCAAGAAACCAAAUUUAUUUCUGUUUUUGAAUUGAUUUUUGAAUUAUUUUAUAGAACUGAGCAAUCAAACAAAUAAACAAGAAAGAUGAUAGAUCAGAGGACUUAAUUUGAUAAUUUUGUUAUUUAUUUGUAAUGUAAAAGAGACUUUUUGAGUUCACUGAGUUAAUAUUUUUAUACUUGUCUUUCUGAAGCAGUUUUAAUAUGAAAAUUUAAAAGGUUUUAAAAUUGAAAACUGUGCUCCCAUUGCCUCCAUUGAGCAAAUCCCUCUUCUCUGCUAAAGUAAACUUUGUGGUCAUGAUGAUAAUGAUAAUAUCCAAUCAGCACAAUGUAUUGUUCGUCUGCAGAUAAUAAUAAGUAUUGUUUAAGAACUGUUUAAUAGUCUUGUUUCAUACAUGUUUUUAAUUAUUAAGAAAACAAUAAAUUGGGGACAAAAAAUUAAUAAAUGGAGCUCACAAUUACAGUAAUUUACAGUAAUUCAGAGGGUUAUUUAUGUACAAACAGUGAUUUACUCAGUUCUGUUGGUUUAAACUGUGACUAUAUAAAGUGGAAUAAAGGUUCCGGUGCUCAUUUUCUCUGGUCU